GGCAAGUACUUGCCAAGAUGGCGGCGGUGAGGAGUGUUUUCCGAGUGCGUGGGUUGUUGCAGCACUGUUUGUACCGUAAUUCUGCGUCGUUUGCCGUUAGAAACGUGCAUGCUGGUUCCAACAAGAUACCGAGACAAGGCAGGCAAAUGAGUUCCCAGACCCUAGACCUUGAGGAAGACAAGCCACAGUUUCCUGGUUCCAGGUCAGAGUUCACCAAGAAGCUGGAGUUCAUCACCCCUGACGUGUACAAUGGCAUCCCUGUGUACAGAGUACUGGACAGACAAGGGAAGAUCAUUGAGGCUGACCAGGACCCAAAGUUGUCAAAGGAAGCAGUUUAUGACAUGUACCACAAGAUGACUCUGUUGAACACCAUGGACCGUAUCCUGUACGAGUCCCAGAGACAAGGGAGAAUCUCUUUCUACAUGACCAACUACGGGGAGGAGGCCACUCACAUGGGCAGUGCUGCGGCUCUUAACCCUGGGGACAUUGUGUUUGGACAGUAUAGGGAAGCAGGUGUGUUGAUGUACCGAGGGUUCACGCUGGACCAGUUCAUGAACCAGUGUUACGGUAAUGCCGAGGAUGCAGGAAGAGGCCGUCAGAUGCCUGUUCACUACGGGUCCAAGGACCUGAACUUUGUCACCAUUUCAUCACCACUAGGAACCCAGAUGCCCCAAGCAUCUGGAGCAGCCUAUGCGCUGAAGAGGUCUGGAAAGAGACUGUGUGUGAUCUGUUAUUUUGGGGACGGAGCUGCCAGUGAGGGAGACGCCCAUGCAGCCUUCAACUUUGCUGCGACUCUGGAAUGCCCUAUCAUCUUCUUCUGUCGGAACAAUGGAUACGCCAUCUCUACACCCACUUCUGAGCAGUACAGGGGGGAUGGGAUAGCUGCGAGAGGACCGAGUUACGGGAUGGCGACUCUGCGUGUGGACGGGAACGAUGCGUUUGCGGUGUACAAUGCCGUGAAAGCUGCUCGGGAACUCGCUGUGAAUGAAAACAGACCGGUUCUCAUAGAGGCCAUGACAUACAGGAUUGGUCACCACAGCACUAGUGAUGACAGCACAGCAUACAGGUCUGUUGAUGAGGUCAACUACUGGGAUAAGCAGGAUCACCCUAUUGGUCGGCUGCGACACUACAUGGUGAACCAGGGUUGGUGGGACAUGGAGAAGGAAAAAGCCUGGAUGAAACAGGCCAGGAAUGAGGUCAUGCAGGCAUUCCAGCGAGCUGAGAAGAAAAAGAAGCCCCCUCCUUCGGAGCUGUUUUAUGACACGUACAAGGAGAUGCCCCCCCACCUGCAGCAGCAGAGAGAGCAGAUGAGGACACACGUGGCACAGUACCCAGAGAACUACCCUCUGGACAACUUUGAAAAGGACAGGGACUAGGUGUAUUUAUACUGGGUGUUACAAUGUAUAUUAUGUAAAUCAAGGUUGCUUAGUGAGUUUCUCUAACUGGUGGUAGAGCCGGUGUCACACAGCAGAAAAAUAGCUCGCUCCACGAGUCUGCAAGUUCUCAAGGACAUUAUUAGCAGCAAUACCACCGCUGUUCACCAUUUUUAGGGCUCGCCCAAUGUCCAUAGGUCAUUGAGCCCUGUCCAAAGUGACAAGGUAGAUUUUCAGGCUAAAAUAAGCUUGGCUCUCUGACCAUUUUGAAAUUUGGUGUGAUGUUGUCAUAAAGGUUUAAACUAGGGUCAUGAUUUCCUAAGAACUAGUGGAUAGUGGGAAGAAUGAAAAUAUUUUGUAUAUGUAAACAAGCCUGAGAAUUCAGCCCUGGACUGUCCUUUUUUAGAAAUAAACCAUUCUAAUACUACUACUGCAGUUGAUUUUCUGACACCACUUGUCAGAGGAGAAUUAGCACAUUCCUGGAGAAAUUGUCAAUCCUGAUUGUGGACAUUUAGAAGUCUGGCCAUCAGCAGGCAGGGUAUUUAUGUACAUGUAUCAGCACUAGUGCUGUGUACCUAAACCCACAUUUAGGUUCAGGUCCGGAUUCAAGUCCAGAGGUUUAGGCCCAUGGCAUAUACAAAGUUGAAUGUUGGCAACCUUGCAAUGUUGUUUGGGCAAAACUUUGGCCACAUAACAUGGAGGCCAGUACUUGACAAUUCCCGAUGGCAAUGUUUUCUUCAUUUUGCAGCAAAGAUUUUGCAAUCCACAGAUGGUUUUAGGUGGUUUGGAAAGAAAAGGGGUAUGUGAAUGAUGUUUUAUGGUAAUAAGUCCGGACUCAGUUCUUGACUUUUAGGUUUUAGAACAUAAACAUUCUUACAAGUCCAGAUCCAAGUCCAGUGAACCGGUACACAGCACUAAUCAGCACUAUUGAGUGUCGAAAGUUUAUCCAGGCAAGUACUAUUGAGAUAGCCUGGGUGCCAUCUGGUUUGUAACGGCAGCCAAAUUUUUGGGGUUACCGUUACAA